AUGGAUUUCUUGGAGGGGACGGAGCAACUUGUGGCGAAGUGCGCGGCGUUGGGGCUCACGAUGCGGGUGGACGGGUGUGAAGGCGCAACGACGCACCCCGCCCUGACGCUGCAGCCGCUGGGGAUGCACCGCGGUGAGUUUGACACGCUUUGCCGCCGUCAGCUGCUGUGGAACGAGGCCGUGAAUAACACGGCGAGGAACUUCCCCUUUCUGCUCGAGGCGCUCCGUGAGACGGCGGCGAGUGACACGGAGUUCACGGGGAGGCUUGUGGGCAUCCUGCGGGAGGUCUACCUCGGCGCCGCCCCCUACCAGCCCCUCAUGCUUGGCGUCUUUCGCACCGACUACAUGCGCGGUGGUGCGGCGCCGUCGGCGCCGGCGGAGGCUGACGCGGCUGCGGCGGCCUGGAAGAAUGUGGAGAUCAACACCAUCAGCUGCUCCUUUGCUGGCCUCUCACCCCUUGUCAGCGACUUUCACCGGCACCUCGCCGCCUACCAACGCGCACUCCGGGGCCGCGGCGGUGGCGGCGCCGCCACCGGUCUCAACAGUCAGGAGGCCGCCGCAACCCGCGACCUCGACGACGGCGAGACGUUGGAGCGAAGCACGACGGUGAGGCUUGUGCCUGCCGCGCUUGCGGCUGCGGUGGCGGCGUGGUUGAGGCAGCAGCAGUUUACCGCCCGCCGCGCGGCCUACGAGCAGGCGCUGCCACAGCCGUGCCGCUUGCUAGACCCGGCCGUGCUCGUUGUCGUACAGGAGAACGAGCGAAACACGGCGGACCAGUUCGCGCUGAUAUUGGAGCUGCUCGAGUCGCACGGCGUCCUAUCCCUGCGGCGCACGCUGCGGGAGUUGCAUGCGAGUCUGCGGCUGCAUCCCGCGCCCGACGGACCGCCGCUCGCUGUCGUCGACGGCCGCUACCCGGUGGCGGUGGCGUACUUUCGCAGCACGUAUGUGCCGGAGGACCUUCCGACGGAGGAGGCGUGGGCCGCGCGGCUGGCGCUGGAGCGCAGCAGCGCCAUUAAGUGUCCGAGCAUUCCGUACCAUCUGCUUACGUUUAAAAAGUUGCAGCAACUUUUCUGCGACGUGGACAACGUUCUCGUCCCGAUUGCGUUUGCCGGCGACGCGGCGAAGGCGCAGCAGCUGCAGAGCCACUUUGUGCCGCAGUACUCCCUUAACCCGGCGGAGGUGGGCGAGGAGGCGGUGCGGCGCGUCAUAGCCGACGCCCUGCAGCACCCCGCGCGGUACGUGCUGAAGCCGCAGCUGGAGGGCGGCGGAAAUUUGCUCUCCGGCGAGGCCAUGCAGGAGGUGCUGCGGACCACAGAAGCUGCGGAUGCGGUGCUUUACCGCAGGGUUCGGCGGGAGUAUAUUUUGAUGUCUCGCAUCAACGUCCCCGUGCGCUCCGGCGCCCUCCUCGUCCACGGCAGCGUGGUGCAGCUGGAGAACAACCUCUGCUCCGAGCUUGGCAUCUACGGCGUGAUUCUCUCCGACGCGGACGGCUGCCUGCUACGGAACGAGUGCGCCGGCUACGCCGUGCGCUCAAAGCCGGCGGACGUGGACGACGGCGGUGUCAUGCGGGGUAUUGCCGCCCUCGACUCACUGGCGCUCGUGUGA